AUGGAGAACGGCAACGACAUCAACAACGACGGUGGGAAGGUGUUUCCGAACGGGGGAGAUGAGAAGGGGAAGGCGGUGCAAGCACUGGAGCGGAUCUACGGCGAGGUGCAGGAGCUUCUGGAGCGCAACCGGAUGAUAAUCCGGGAGAUCGGCGAAAUCCACGAGGCACAUGAGACCGGAGGCCUCAACCGUGAUACAACCCUCCUCCGCGAGUUCAAUAUCAACAUCGCCCACAUCAUGGAGAUCUACUCCGACAUCUCCUCCUCCUUCUACCUCUCCCUCGCCAAGGGCUCCCCCGCCGUCGACGACACUACGAAGGGAGGUCAGGAGGGGCUUCACCCUCCGCAGUAG